AUGUCUCGAAGACCUGAACAUCAAGCUCCUCCUGAAGUGUUCUACAAUGAAGAUGAAGCUAGAAAAUAUACCCAAAAUUCCAGAAUAAUGGAAAUCCAAUCGCAAAUGACAGAGAGGUGUAUAGAACUAUUGCUGCUACCAGAAGAUACCCCAUGUUUACUCUUAGAUAUAGGUUGUGGAUCAGGACUCUCAGGCACGGUUCUAGAAGAAAAUGGUCACAUGUGGAUAGGGAUGGAUAUCUCAAGAGCUAUGUUGGAUGUUGCCAUAGAAAGAGAAAUUGAAGGUGAUGUAGUUUUAGCAGACAUGGGUGAAGGAGUUCCUUUUAGACCGGGCAGUUUUGAUGGUGCUAUUUCCGUAUCAGCUCUGCAGUGGUUAUUUAAUGCAGACAAAAAAUCACAUCAACCUGUUAAGAGGUUGUAUACAUUUUUCAGCACGUUAUAUGCAGCAUUAUCAAGAUCAGCAAGGGUAGUGUUCCAGUUUUAUCCUGAAAAUGAGAGCCAACUUGAUCUUUUAACAUCACAAGCAAUGAAAGCAGGUUUUUAUGGAGGUGUGGUUAUUGAUUUCCCGAAUUCAGCAAAAGCAAAAAAGUUCUUCUUGGUUCUUAUGACUGGCGGUGCAGCACCAUUACCAAAAGCUUUAGGUACAGAUGAAGAAGAUGAACAUAAUUUGCAAGUAAAAUAUGCAAGACGUGAAGCAUCAAAAAGGGCCAGAGGCAAGCCAUUAAAGAAUACAAAAGCAUGGCUUUUAGAGAAAAAAGAAAGGAGGAGAAAGCAAGGAAAAGAUACUAGGCCUGACACAAAAUAUACUGGGAGAAAAAGAAGUGGACGCUUCUAA